AUGAUGAGUUCCUCCGUCAAAACAAUUGAACUUCGUCUCCGAGGAUCCAAGUACGGUCCGAUGGUAUACUCACCCGAACCUCAGUCCGAUGAAGAAUCCACCGAAGCUGUGAGGGUGGUCAAGCCCACCCCCGCCUCGUCUCCCGUCGUCGUUGAGGAGGAUAUCUACUCAAUGAUGAACCUAGACUUUGCUUUGGAAUUGAGCCACGAUGAUGAGUACUACACUUGCCCAAAACCAGAGACCAUCAAGCCAGUUGUGGUAGUGGAACAUGAAUCGGUACCAACGCUUGACAAUGACGAGUGGAUGGCAAUGAACCUGGAGUUUGCCUGCGACUCCAGACAUGAUGACAUGGAAGAGGAUGUUGUUGUCCCUGUUGUCACUCCCCGAUCCACCACACCAACAGCAGAAGAGUCUUUUGGCGACUAUGGUGUUUGGUGGGACACCACUGAACUUGAUGACAAGCUCAAUGCGGAAGCAAUGAACCAGAUGAACCAAGACUUUGCUCUGGAAUCCAGCCAUGAUGAAGAAUGCUACAUCAGCCUAACCAAGCCAAACACUGUCAAGCCAGUGGUGCCAUUGGCACAUGAAUCGGUACCUACUCUUGCUGACGAGGAGUGGAUGGCCAUGAACCAAGACUUUGCCUGCGACUUCAGACAUGAUGACAUGGUGGAAGAGGUUCCUGUCCUUGUUGCCUCCACAAAAACCAUCACACCAGCUACACAGGAGCCAUACGGCGACUACGGUGUUUGGUGGGAGUAA